CCCCCCUACGGCCAGCCCCCAGCCCCUGCUAGAGGGGGGGUGGAGGAGCCCCGAGCGUUCCACCCCCCCACCCUAUCGCCACGGUUACUGCACCCUGCUGUCCAUCAUUCUCAUCAAGCAGCUCACCACCAGGCACAGCAGCAAGGAACCAUGGUUAUGGACCUACAUGAACAGGCUUCAGUCCCAGUCUCCUAUACGGUGACUGCUGUCCCUCCUCAUCGUGGUCUAGUUACUCCUCUGUAUACAGGACAGCACCUCCCUCCUGUCUGCUCCUCUCAACAACAGAUCCCAGCCUGCAGUGUGGUCUUCAGUACCGGACAACACUACCACCCUAUGCUGGGGGCGUGUUCGGUGCAGCAUGUGCCCUAUGUCUUUCCCUCGCUCCUCUCCAGUGAUGCCCCUUUCCUCCUCCACCCCCCCCACCUCUCUCACCACCCCCCCCACCUCCCUCCACCUGGACAGUUCCUUCCCUUCCAGACACAACAGGCCAGAUCGCCGUUGCAGAGGAUAGAGAACGAGGUGGAGCUGCUAGGAGAGCACCUGUCUGUGGGAGGGGGGUUCAGCUACCCUCAUGGAGGACACCACCCUUCCUCCCUGCCCCCUCCACACCCCUCCAGUUCCUCUCUCACCACGACCCCUGUCACAGGAGCUGUUCGGGAGUGUGGAGACCUGUUCGGAGGAACCCCGCUGUCUGACCUCCAGGCCCUGUUGAACCUAGCAGAGCGUCUGGGUGAGGCUAAACCAAGAGGACUGACCAAGGCUGACAUAGAACAGCUGCCCUCCUACCGCUUCAACCCCAACAACCACCAGUCAGAACAGACACUGUGUGUGGUGUGUAUGUGUGACUUUGAGUCUCGUCAGCUGCUAAGAGUCCUGCCCUGUAACCAUGAGUUCCACACCAAGUGUGUUGACAAGUGGCUUAAGGCUAACAGAACGUGUCCUAUCUGUCGGGCGGACGCCUCCGAGGUCCAGCGGGAUUCUGAAUGACCUAUGGCCUUGAGCCCCAACAGAUCUAGGAUCAGCUCAGCCCUCCCCACAUCCUAACCUGACGCUUUAGGGAGGGAAACACAACAGACCUUAGAUCAGUGUCUGGGGGCAACGCCCCCCCGCCAAGUGACUCUUUAAGAAAUAGACUAUGCCUUCUUCCUAUUGGUGAUAGUGUUCUAAUAAUGGCCUUUGACACACACACACACACACACACACACACACACACACGUAUGAGGGGAAGUUGGACUUUUUCCUUUGUACUGUCUUACCUUCCUGCAUCGUGAUUGGAGUCGUCUUCUUCUGAACGCUGAGAGAAUCUCGGCGAUUUUAAAAAGUUCCUGCGUUGUUUUACUAACUAACCGAAUGGAGAAUAUGGAAGUCCAAAGAUUGACUAUUAUGACAUCGUUGUUGUUAUUGUUAAUAUUGAUAUUCUGUUUAUGAUUAAUCGUUCAGAACCUGGAUUGAGAUGUGUGUCCGCUAGUAGGGUAUUUUGGUUUAUAAAGCUCUUUUUGUUCAUUUACCGUUAGUGUGUGUGUGGUUGCGUGCGCAGAACACCAAUGGUUACGUCUGUAUUAUUUCUGCAGGACAGUACACUGGCCUCCUGCUCAUGCUGCGGUCGCCGCUCUGAUUGGUCAAUGCUGUGCACUGAGACAGGAAGUGUUUCAUGAGGAAGGGGAGGGGCUUACAGGGAGGAGAAGUGGAACAGAACCAGAGUAGUUAACUCUGUAUCUCUCUCUCUCCUUCUUUUUUCCUCUCCCAGUCCAUCCCCCUCUCUCUCCUUUUCUGUUCACUCACUCAAUGGUUCAGUGUGAUGGAUCAGCCUCUAUUAUAUACUCAGCUUUCCCUCACACACACACACUGAACACACACCCCCACCCAGCAAGGGGGUGUGUGUGUGUGUGUGUGUGUGUGCAAGCUGGUAUGAAUUGAUGUUAAACAGCCAACAUUGUUUUAUUGGUCAGUUACUUAGAAAGUGAUCAAAUCUCAAAUAUAUUGCUUACAGGCCAGAAGUAAUGAACUAUCUAGGGAAUAUGGUUACGUUUGAGAUGCAGCCAACAUUGUUCACUGGUCGUUAAAAUCAUAUUGAGAUGGUGACAUUAUUUGAAGUAUAGUUUAAGGCACAUAAUGAUGAUGAUGAUUUUAGCAUUUAGCAUUGUAGCAUCACAGUUAAGUUUUAACCCCUUGGUAAAAUGUUUUGCCUGUCGACCACAAGAGUGAGAAUACCAGUCCCUGGUUUUCAGUCUGUCUUCAUUCACAACCACAAUGACUCUUCCAUUCAGUCAGUCUUCAUUCACAACCACAAUGACUCGUCCAUUCAGUCAGUCUUCAUUCACAACCACAAAGACUCUUCCAUUCAGUCUGUCUUCAUUCACAACCACAAUGACUCUUCCAUUCAGUCAGUCUUCAUUCACAACCACACUGACUCUUCCAUUCAGUCAGUCUUCAUUCACAACCACAAUGACUCUUCCAUUCAGUCAGUCUUCAUUCACAACCACAAUGACUCUUCCAUUCAGUCAGUCUUCAUUCACAACCACAAUGACUCUUCCAUUCAGUCAGUCUUCAUUCACAACCACAAUGACUCUUCCAUUCAGUCUGUCUUCAUUCACAACCACAAUGACUCUUCCAUUCAGUCAGUCUUCAUUCACAACCACAAUGACUCUUCCAUUCAGUCAGUCUUCAUUCACAACCACAAUGACUCUUCCAUUCAGUCAGUCUUCAUUCAUCUCCUCCUCCUCUAGGAUGCCUCUCACCCCCCCUUUCUCUCUCUCCCUUCUUCGAUCCCCCUGUUUUCCGGUGUGUUCUCUGUCUACCCAGUGUCUUUAGAAGUAGUCCUUUAACGGCUGUCAUAAACCCUACAUAAGGCUGUCUUAACAUGCACAAUGUCACCCUAUGUCAAGUUCGUCAUGGCCUCCUACGGUCCUUCACCCACUAUGUAUCACGAUAUGUGCUCUAUGUCAGGCUCACAGCAACCUUAAGUAGGCCUUACGACAGUCUUAUGUAGGCCUUACGACAGUCUUAUGUAGGCCUUACGACAGCUAGCAGAAGGGAAAAGUGUAUUAAACAAUGUCAGCCAGGCACCUGCAGUGUCUUAAUAAAUAAGAGAUGCCUUUAAAUCCCAGAUUUACCCUCCUUAAAGCCAUGAAACCAACAGGUGGGUUAAUGAUCUUAGAUCAGUGUUUAGCUGGGACAAGGUCUUCACCCUACAUGUUUAAAAGAAACCAUUCUCUCCAGUGUCCAAUGUAGUUUGUCAGCUCAGCGUUAAAAGGCGUAAAGUCAUUGGUCGUAGCCAUGGCAACGGGGGUCAAAAGCUUCCGUUUUCCUGUUUUUUUUGUUUCCUGGGUUAAAGGUGUUAUACUGUCGUCAUGGCGUCCAUUUUGUGUCAUAGGAUUCUAAUUAUUGUUAUAUUGUUAUUUCUCCUGCUUGGUACACUACUAGCAGUUACCUCAUUGUCUCUAUUUAUGUAUAUUCAGAUACCAAUAUAGGACAUGCUGAUUUUUGGUUUUCAAAUUGUUUAUUUUUUCAUCAUACUAUUUGUCGUUGGGUUGUUUUUUAAAAGUGUUUUAUCAUUUGUUAAUCACAUGACGUUGGUAGAUUUCUUCUCAUAAUGUAUUAUAUCUGUAACCAAAAUCAUUUGAAGGCUUGAUAUUACUAAAUUUUUAACAAACAUUUGUACAUUUUUUUAAUGAGAGUUAUUACUAGGAAGGCGUUACUAAGUGGUGAAAUGAAUUGUUAUUUUUAAUCCCUGUCCCCCCCGUCUUUUGGAUUUCAAAAGGUGGUUCUAUAAUAAAUGUAGAACUUCCAACUCUA